ACACUCAAGCAGAAGAUGGCGGUAAUGCGCCCAGUACAUUUCUUGCCAACCGCCGUUAAAAACCAAGAAGAAAAAGAUAGAGCUAUGACAGCCCUUAAAAGCUUGGCGUUAAACAAUGAGCCAGUCAAGAUGGGACAGACCCUCUGCAUAUGCUCCCGUGGCUCCAUCACCAUUGAUAACAAAAAAUAUUACUUUGUCCAGAAACUAGACGAAGGUGGGUUCAGUUAUGUUGAUCUGGUAGAGGGUGCAAAGGAUGGGCACUUCUACGCCCUGAAGAGGAUCCUGUGCCAUGACCGUGAAGGCCGUCAGGAGGCUCAGACAGAGGUGGAGAUGCAUCAGAUUUUUAAUCACCCUAAUGUCUUGAGCCUGGUUGCACACACCUUUGUUGAUCGUGGAGGCAAGACUGAAGCCUGGUUACUUCUACCUUAUAUUAGAAAAGGCAGUUUAUGGUCUGUUCUGGAGAAGCUAAGAGACAAGGGGAGCUCAAUGCCUGAAAAACAGAUUUUGCAAAUCUUGCGUGGCAUCUGCUCUGGACUCAAAACUAUUCAUGAAAAAGGCUAUGCACACAGAGACUUGAAGCCCACAAAUGUGCUUCUGGAUGAGGAUGACAGGCCUCUUCUGAUGGACCUGGGCUCUAUGAACCGUGCCAGGAUUGAGGUUAGAGGAACCAGAGAAGCCAUGACCAUACAGGACUGGGCAGCUCAGCGGUGCACCAUUUCCUACAGGGCUCCUGAACUCUUCAAUGUAGAGAGCCACUGCAUUAUAGAUGAGCGCACUGAUAUCUGGUCACUCGGAUGUGUGCUAUACUGUAUGAUGAUGUUGGAGGGGCCAUAUGACAUGGUAUUCCAGAAGGGGGACAGUGUUGCCCUGGCUGUCCAGAAUCCAGUGACUAUCCCACAGUCUUGCAGUUACUCGGAGGGCCUGCAGAUGCUGCUGAGCUCCAUAAUGGUGUCAAAUCCCCAGGAGAGACCAAACAUCAACUGGGUUCUUGACCAGGUACAGGACCUGCAGAGUCGCAGCCCCAACACCCAAACCAACAUGGUCUGAUCAUGCACCGUGAACUGGAUGCGGGGACUUGGAAACCUUUGCACACAUAACUGAACGGCUAUUAUUUUGAGCUUGAAAAUAUAUCUUUUAUUUAUUGACUUGUGUGUAAAAAGCCUAGGGUGCAGACUUUCACUCAGCUUGGGGAGCUUGGCAACAGUAUCAGCUUUUAGUUUGAAUGAUCCGAUCCGGCCUGCGUACCACAGUGGACUCUUGCGGCCCUUAUAGACUUAACGUGCACGAAAUAAUCUGAAAGGCCUCAAAUCUAAUUCCAGCCUGUAAUAGAAUGCUUUUGGCAAGGGUCAGUCGUUGCUUCUAAUAGGGAAGUGGCUUCACUUUGUAAUCUUAAAGGGAUGUUUUUAAAAAUUGUAGUUGGCAUUUUUAAAAAGAAAAGGGAUGACAAAAAAGCUUUGCCAAACUUUCCGGUGGAUGAAAGCUACCUGAGUUCAAUACAUAUCAGACUUCAUUCCCUAGAAUAAGAAGGAAUAGGGUCCAGUUCCCUUUAUUUAAUUUUUUUAUCUUGAUUCCUGUGUUUUGUGUGUGUGUGUGUAACAUCUUGUGGUUACACACGUGUGUGCUGUAAUCAUCGAUAUACACCUUUGCCUUCAGCUUUUCUUCACGCCUUCCCUCGUACUGUUGGUCUCUACUGGGGGAAAGUUAAGAGGCAGAGUGCUCCUUUACCUGCAAUGCUGCAUUUAAACACACAGAGGUGCUCCACCAUCACAUUCACUUACUCCACAUAUUGACACGGUGAUGUUUCUGUACUGUUGAUAAUGUGUGAAUGGGCUCCUUGUAAAACAGAGCGAAGAGGGUCUGCUUACAUAAGAAGAAAACUAUUCAAGGAGAAGGGGACAGGUGUUACAGUAACACACCUACAACAGUAGAUAGUCAUUUUCACAAAUUAUGUCUUUUUAUUAAUUACGCCACUCUUCACUGUAUUGUCUUUUUAAACGGUAUUUUCCAUUUCAGCUAUACUAAAUUCUGGGUUUCCUGUCAUGUUUGAAUGUGGAUCACACUUUUGUUCUCUCAGGGUUUAACCACAUCCUAAAGGGUUUGGCAGUCUGAAGUAGUAGACAUAAAUGGUACUUUUUUUUUAAAACAAUUAUUAGAUUAAAAAAUACAUCCAUAAAUACUUUGGACAUUUAAGUUGAGAUCAAUACUUUUGUGACUCUGUAAUGCGGUGAUUAUGGACCAUAUUAGAACUAAAAACAAUCUUGAUAAUGACUUUUUUUUUAGUUGUUGGAAUCGUAAUUGGCAUACUUACAGUACUGUUCAAAUAUAUUAUCAUUUUAAAGCUAAGUUUGGAUAUGUCAACUGACUUUAAAUUAUUGUGUUGUUAAUGGCAAAGUGUAAAUGGGAGUACACAGAUAGGAAUAAGUAAGAGUGCGUUAUUUGAUUAUGGGACAUUCUGUUUAACCUCUCAUUCACUGCACCGUAAAGGAUAAAUAAACAUUAAUUAUGUAGCACUCGUA